AUGCACAGAGGGCGGCCCGAUGCCGAAGCGGCAGCUCACGCCGGGCAAAGACGCAGACGGAAAUGUGAGAUGGCUUCUGCGGCUCAGCCUCCACCCCAUGUUUCUUCGUUUUGCGUCUGCAGCUCGCUGCCUCAUCCACGCAAAUUUCGAACGUUGCUCUGCCAACUUCUUCUGGUCUUCUGUUGUCUUCCUCGGCCACUACUCAAGCUUUUCCCUUUUUGUUUGGCUUCCUAG